AUGUCAGAUUUAGAUGGCUAUGUCCCCAUGAUCGAUGCUAUCUUGAGCGUUUCCGAUCCAGACAAAGUCAGCGCUAAAAGGAUACGAAAGGCCAUCCAGGAACUCUUUGCAGUCAAUUUGGAAGGUCAGCGGAAAGUGGUAAAUGCUCUUAUAGUGGAGCGUUUCAACCAAAGUCAGGAAACAAGGUCCAACAUCUCGUCUCAGGAUUUGGUCGAAAAGGAUGCUGCUAUAGCGAAAAGCAUCUCUAAAAAGCUCAAUGGUACUGGAAAAAGAUCCAAAUCCGGGUCUGAGGCUUCAAAACCCAAAAAGAAGCGCAAAUCCAGCGAAAAUGGCAAUUCUCUGAGUCAAAACAAGAUGCUACUCAGUCCUGAACUACAAGAGCUUGUGAAAGAACCAGAACUCGCUAGGACGCAGGUUGUAAAGAAGGUUUGGGAGUACAUACGAGAGAACGACCUGCAAAACCCAGCUGAUCGCCGGGAAAUAAUCUGUGACGACCGAAUGAAGCCCAUUUUCGGCGAAAAAACCACCAUGUUUGCACUGAACAAGAGCUUAUCCAAGCAUAUUUAUAAUCGUGGCGAGGUUAUUGAGGGGAAAGAAAAGUCUGAGGUCUCUGAGUCACCCGCGGCAUCUAACGACAUUUCAUGA